AUGUCCCUCGGAGAAGACCAAGGCCCAAACGAAGGCGCCGACUACCCCGGAGCGACAGCAGCAGCAGCAGCACCAACGGCUCGCAACGUGCCAAGGAUGCCGGAGCCGACGCCGGGGAAGAUGCGCCUCAACAUUGUCAUCCUCUUUAUGGGCUCGCGCGGCGACCUCCAGCCCUCCCUCGCCGUCGCGAAGCUCCUGCAGCGGCGACACGGCCACCGGGUGCGCAUCGCGAGCCACCCGCCGUACCGGAGCGUCGUCGAGGCCGAAGGCGUCGGUUUUUACAGCAUUGGCGCGACGGACAUCAAGACCAUGAUGGAGAGACGGCUUCUGCCGCGCGGGGAGCUGCGUGCGCUGGUGCCGGUCGUCAGGGAGGAGUUUCGGGAGAUGGGGGCGCGGUGGUGGGGGGCUUGUGUUGACGGGUACGGGUUUGCGCAUGAAGACGGGGGCGCCGGGGGCGAGAGGGGCGCGUUUGUGGCGGAUUUGGUCCUUUCUAUGAUGCAUGUGUUCAACCAGACGUCUGCGGCGGCGAGGUUGGGUGUGCCGUUGCAUCUGUUUGGGAUGAAUCCGAGAAUCUUUUCAAAGGAGGUGCCGCAUUCGCAGGCGGGUUGGGCUUUGAGGGCGCCGAGUAGGGCGAAGAAUGUCUUGUCUUGGUGGGUUCAGGAUUUUAUGUUCCUAGAAGCGAUCAAGCCCGUCAUCAACGACGUCCGCGUCAACGUCAUGGGCCUGGAGAGCAUGUCGCCCGCUUGGUGGCUGAGCCAGUACAACAGGAUGAAGGUCCCCUGCACGUACCUCUGGUCGCCGAGGCUGCUCCCGAAGCCGGCGGACUGGCCGGACAACGUCGACGUCGCGGGCUUCGUCUUUGACGACGUGCCCGGCGGGUAUACACCGCCUCCGGAGUUGGUGGCGUUCCUGGAGGCGGACCCGGAGACGCCGCCGGUGUAUAUCGGGUUCGGGAGCAUGUCGUUUGCCAACGCGCAGGAUGUGUUUGAGGGGGUGAUUUUCGAGGCGGUGAGGAGGGUUGGUGUUAGGGCUGUUGUUGGGAAGGGGUGGUCUAAUUUAGUCAAGGAAGAGGUUGGACGGGUUGAGAGAGAGGGUGAGGGUCAGGCGGACGGGGUCGGUGGUGAGCGGGACAUGUCGCACAUCUUCAUCGUCGACGAGGCGCCGCACGCGUGGCUCUUUCCCCGGGUCAGGGCCGUGGUAUGUCACGGCGGGAGCGGGACCACGGCCAUGGCGCUCCGGAGCGGUAGGCCCACGCUCGUGGUGCCCGUGGCCGGGGACCAGCCGUUCUGGGGCACGAGGGUUCACGCGGCGGGGUGCGGGCCCGAGGCGAGGUUUGGGCUGGCGGAGAUGAACGGCGAGAGAUUCGAGCACGGGUUGAGGGAGCUUCUGAAGCCCGAGUACGCGACUGCCGCGAAGAGGUUUGCGGCGGGGGUGGCGGGGGAGAGGCCUGGGGAGGAGGUUUGUGUUGAGCGGGUGCUUGAGACGGCGGGCGUUUAUGAGAGGGAGGGGAGGUGUGCUGUGUACGAUGGCCGGCCUGCUGUUUGGAGGUGGACGGGGGGUGGUGCUGGUGCUGGUGCUGGUGCUGGUGGAGGAGAUGGAGGGGAGAGGUUGUCUGCUGUUGCGGCGCAUGUUCUUGUCGAGAGCGGAAGGGUAAGGAGGGAGGACUUGAGGGCGUUGGAUCUGGUCAAAUGGCCUGAUUUGGCGAGCCCCGGGGAUCCGUUGACGGGGUUGGUUCUCGGGACGCAGCAGGCGUUUGGGAGCAUCGCCGCGGAUGGCAGGACGGGGAGAUGGGGACGGCUGGGGCUUCAUGUCUUGCGAGCUCCCCUUACGAUCCUAGCCGCCGUGGCGUUUGGCCUCUUCAACCUACUCGACUUUAUCCUCUACGAGCUCGCCUCGCCUUUCGAGCCGAAGCUCUACGCGAGUAACCCGCGGCUGUACACGUAUCCGCGGAUGCUCCUCUUCCUCGUAUCCGCGCCCUUUGUCGAGCUCGCUUCGAUCGUGACGCAGCCGGCGCGCCUCGUGGCUAAGAGGAGGAAGUGGGGGAAGGGAUCCUUGCUGCGGGUGGUCCUCGAGGUACCGCUCGCGAUUUUGAGGGUGCUUUUGGCUUUGGUUAAUAUUCUGGUUGGUGGGCUGGGUUUCACGCUUCGGCGGCUCGAGGUUUCUUGUGCGAGGGGCAUGGGGGAGAGGCCUGUAGGGGAUGUUGUCGCUGAGGCGAGGGUUAGGCAGGGGAGAGUUGAGGCGGAGGGGUUGAGGGUUGAGGGAGUCGAGGUUGGUAGGGAUUUGGUGGGGGAUAUUGUGAGGAGGUGGGAUGAGCGGAAGAAGGGCUGA